AUGGCGGACACUGUCAAGGACACCGUUGUCCCCAUUGUCGACAAGGCCGUCGAGGCCGUCACUGGCGGCGACAGCUCCAACCUGCUUCUGGACGAAGUCACCGGCGAGCGCGUCUCCAAGACCGAACUCAAGAGGCGCCAGAAGCAGCGCGAAAAGGACGCCAAGAAGGCUGAAAAGGCCGCCGCCGCCCCUCCCAAGGCCAAGAAGGAGAAGGCCGUGAGCGCCGAGGACGAGGAGAAGGAGUUGACGCCGAACCAGUACUUCGAGAUCCGCAGCCGCGCGGUCAACAAGCUCCGCCAGACGCAGGAGCCCAACCCAUACCCGCACAAGUUCCAGGUGACGACGGACCUGCGCGAGUUCCUCAAGCAGUACGAGGGCCUGAAGACGGGCGAGCAGCUCAAGGACGUCGAGGUUCGCAUUGGCGGCAGGAUCUUCACCAAGCGCGCCUCGGGCGCCAACCUGCUGUUCUACGAUGUGCGCGCCGAGGGCGUCAACGUGCAGGUCAUGUGCCAGGCGCAGGAGUCGACGAGCUCGGUGCCCUUCCAGGCGCAGCACGAGCACCUGAGGCGCGGCGACAUCAUCGGCAUAGUUGGAUACCCCGGCCGCACGAGCCCCAAGAACCGCGCCGAGGGCGAGCUGUCCAUCUUCGCCAAGGAGGUCAUCCUUCUCACCCCCUGCCUGCACAUGCUUCCCGGCGAGCGCUCCGGCUUCAAGGACAAGGAGCAGCGCCACAGGAAGAGGUACCUCGACCUGAUCAUGAACAACUCCACGCGCGACACGUUCAUCACCCGUUCGCGCAUGGUCAGCUACAUCCGCCAGUUCUUCGACUCGCGCGACUUCAUCGAGGUCGAGACGCCCAUGAUGAACGCCAUUGCGGGCGGCGCCACGGCCAAGCCGUUCAAGACGUACCACAACGACCUCAAGCUCGACAUGUUCAUGCGUAUCGCGCCGGAGCUGUACCUCAAGCAGCUGAUUGUCGGUGGUCUGGAGCGCGUGUACGAGAUCGGCCGCCAGUUCCGCAACGAGGACAUUGACCUCACGCACAACCCCGAGUUCACGACGUGCGAGUUCUACCAGGCCUUUGCCGACGUGUACGACAUCAUGGACCUGACGGAGGAGCUGGUGUCGAGCCUGGUCAAGCACCUGACGGGCUCGUACAAGACCAAGUUCCACACGCAGCACGGCGAGGUGUACGAGGUGAACUGGGAGAAGCCGUGGAAGCGGAUUGAGAUGAUCCCCGCGCUCGAGGAGGCGCUCGGCGAGAAGUUCCCGCCCGGCGACGAGCUGCACACCAACGAGACGAACGAGUUCCUGCAGCGCAUGCUCAAGAAGGCGAAGCUGGAGUGCUCGCCGCCGCUGACCAACGCGCGCAUGCUCGACACGCUCGUCGGCGAGUUCAUCGAGGACCGCUGCAUCAACCCCACCAUGAUCACCGGGCACCCGCAGAUGAUGUCGCCGCUGGCCAAGUACCACCGCCAGCACAAGGGCCUGUGCGAGCGCUUCGAGGCCUUUGUCUGCAAGAAGGAGAUUGUCAACGCCUACACCGAGCUGAACGACCCCUUCGAUCAGCGCAUGCGCUUCGAAGAGCAGGCCAACCAAAAGGCCCAGGGCGACGACGAGGCCCAGCUCAUCGACGAGACCUUCUGCCAGGCCCUCGAGUACGGCCUCCCGCCCACCGGCGGCUGGGGCAUGGGCAUCGACCGCAUGGUCAUGUUCUUGACCGACAACUACUCCAUCAAGGAGGUCCUGGCUUUCCCCAUGAUGAAGGACGACAAGACCGCCCAGGCCCAGCCCAAGGCCGCUGAGGUCGCGGGCAUCGAGCCCAUGCCUGAGGAGGGCAUUGCUCACAAAUAG